AUGGAAUGUUUACUAUUUGUGACAAGUAUUACAAUAUUAUUUUUUCUAUCUUAUACAUACGCACAACAAUGUGAACAACCAUUAAAUGUAGCUCGAUUUAAUUGUUAUCCAGAAACAGAUCCAACAAUGGAUAAAUGUCUUGAACGAAAAUGUUGUUGGCGAUUACCUAUUCAACAAUCAAAUUCGACUAGUUUACGUGAUUUAGAUGUUCCAUUUUGUUAUUAUCCAUCAGAUUUUCCAACCUAUGAAGUAACAUCAACUAGCACAACAGAUUUUGGUCAACGAAUUCGUAUUCUUAAAACACAAACAACAUAUAUGCCACAUGAUAUAUUGGACUUAACAGUUGAUCUUAUCUAUGAAACUGAACAACGUUUUCGUAUUCGAAUAUAUGAUACAAUUUAUGUACGAUAUGAAGUUCCACUAAAAGUACCUCUAGUACAAAAGAAAGCUAAUACGACUGAUUAUGAAGUUGUAGUGAAACCAAAACCAUUUUCAAUACUUGUUACACGUAAAUCAAGUGGUGCGAUAUUAUUUGAUUCAAGUGUAUCACCACUUAUUUUUGCUGAUCAAUUCAUGAAAAUUUCUACUCGCCUAUCAAGUCCAUUUGUGUAUGGUCUUGGUGAACAUCGACAAUCAUUAUUAAUCAACGUAACAGAUAGUUGGCAAAGAUUAGCAUUCUAUACUCGUGAUUUUCCACCAAUCGAAAACAUCAAUCUGUAUGGUGUUCAUCCAUUUCAUAUCAAUCUUGAACGAACACCAGAUAAUCAAACAAAUGUUCAUGGACAAUUUUUUCUUAAUUCAAAUGCAAUGGAUAUUGAUCUUCAACCAUUACCAGCUUUAACUUAUACAACUAUUGGUGGUAU